CCCAGUCAAGGCACCAAUCAAAAUCAUCAAGUAAGACUUAACCCAGUCAAGGCACCAAUCAAAAUCAUCAAUUAUGGGACAGCUGGAGACAAGUUUGCUUAUUCACCUCAGUGUACACCAAUGGGGACCUUUAAGAUCGACUUGACUGGUUCCCCAUUUGUCGUCUCCGGGGAUGUCCAGUGGACAUGGGUCGGGACUUUUGUGUCCAGUACCGCACAGAAUGGAUCGGCAUUCAUCACCAACACGUCUUACAUUGGUUGCUUUUUGGACCCGGAUGAGCGACUUCUACCGAGUUCACACUUCAGUGGAGAUUAUGUCACCGUAGAGUACUGCAUUCAGUUUUGUAACAGUAGAGGGUUUCCAUUUGCUGGAAUGAAGAACUCUAGCUACUGCUACUGUGGUGACAGCCAUGAUAGAUAUCCCAGGGCCAGGUCUGAGGCUGAGUGUAACUUACCUUGUGCAGGCCGAGUCUCCGAGAAGUGUGGAGGGAAUGGAAGAGUAUCCGUAUAUGAUACAGGGGUUCCCCAGGCUAUUGAGGGAAGAUGUGGGGGAUAUCCAGGGAGUUGUUUUCCUGCCCUGAAGUCUGAUCCGAGUGUUCCUAAGCUACAACUGUCACUGAUUCGCACACAGCCUUGCCUACAGCCAUCCAGUCCCUGUAAGAAUGAGGGGGUGUGUGUUGCUGUCGGUGGGCGGGGCUACAGAUGUCAGUGUUAUGAAGGCUACAGUGGAUACAAUUGUGAACUUCAAAAUGAGACAGUCGUGUUCGCCGCUGUUGGUUGUCCAGCUGGGUACCAGGCAGAGAAGUGUGUGUGUAGAGAUGACAAUUGUGCCGGGGCCCGCUUUAAUGGAGAUGUCUGUCAAACACAGCAAGGCUCACCUAAGGUGACCUGCAGACCCAGUAGUUCAGCCCAUGUGAUUUUGUUCAAUGUGGACGGUAACCAGGGACAACAGUCUAUUUCCUGUCCAGUGGGAGCGGAUCUAGUGGGGUGUUCCUACUGGGAUAAGUCAGGGCAGAAAAUUUCCAAUGGUGAGGCAGACAGGGCUAGAUAUUUGUCAGGGCAGUGUGCUCUCCUUCACCCCUGUCAACAGUGUACUCUACAGGCCAGGUGUAAAAAGUACGACUGCGGAUGUAAAAAUGGUGGUCACUGUCACAGAAUAACGGGAGAGUGUGUGUGUACUGACGGUUACUCGGGGGAAAAAUGUGAAGUGUUUGAUUACUGUGGCUUCUACGAAAAUGAGAGGAACACACCGGCUUGUGGCUCAGCAGGGUUCUGUUCUGCGGUUCCGGAGAACACGAUUCGUGUUUAUGGUGGUGACCAGAGGGGAGACCACUGCAUAUUUCCCUUCAGUGUGAACGGUCUGUCCUACUCCAAGUGUGUGGAAGACAAUACAUCAGAUCCCCCAUUCGCAUGUGGUGCUGUGUUUGACGGUUCUCGGGAUGGUUACAUCGACCUCGGACCCUGGUCCCCGGGACCCCGGUACACGAUAGCAGCCUGGGUCAGACCUUCUGUAGCUGAUGGGACAAGACGGACUAUCAUUGGAGGGGUAGCUUCCUGUAAGGAUUUUGGAAUUUACCACUUUGAGAACUUCUGGAUGUACUAUAAAGGGAAGAACUGGACGUGUACCAAGGGAGUGGACAGCUUUGUCCCUAUCAGGGCGGGGCAGUGGUACCUGGUGGCUGUCAGUAACAAUGGGACCCACGUCACGGGGUAUACCAACAAUCAUAGCACCACCGUGGAGGUUCGACCUUACUCCCUUCCCACCACACUGGGCUUCUGGAUCGGGGGUGAGGACUGUUGUCCCCAGGGGCGAUUCCAGGGUAUGAUCAAGUCAGUGAAGAUUUGGAAGAGAGCAUUACAGUACCAGGAAAUCAGCAGAAGUAUGAGAUUACAGGACACACAGCAUUCCACGGUGGAGGCCAUGACUGGAGGAUUGGUAGGUCACUAUGAACUUGGGGAGGACAUAAAGCCUUACUGUUUAGGAGUGGACCAUGGGGGAGGGGACUGGACCCCACAGGAUCAGGAAUCUAUCUCAGGAACUCACUGCAAUAUCUCCCUGUUCUACAUCCCAGCAAAAACUGAAGUAAUCGUCACCCCUUACAACACAACAACAAACACAGGAGGCACGCUGAUCAUCGAGGCCAGGAACAUACGUAUAGAGGGACUACUGAGUGGGAAAGGAUCAGGGUACCGCGGGGGGCGUGUGGAUGGGGCAAGCUGUCAGGGAGGAAAACAGGGACAGUCUAUCAACGGUCAAGGAGUUGUGGGUAUCCAUAGCAACAUGGGAGGGGGAGGAGGAGGAGCUUCAGGGGGUCAGAGGUCAGAUGGCAGAGGUCAGCCAGGAGGAGGAGGGGGCUUUGGAACUGCAGGAGGUAAACCAGCCAAACUAGGAGGAGACGUGUCGGGGUUAGGUGAGGGGGGUAAGGUGUACGGAGACGGAACGAUGACCAAGCUGUACAUGGGGUCAGGUGGUGGAGCGGGGGGAUGUGCCAAGGAUGUCACCGUCAACCCACCAGGUGGUCAUGGAGGAGAUGGGGGAGGGGCCAUUCGUCUGGUGGCUGAGAUGAACAUCCAGAUUACUGGUACACUAGAUGUAGAGGGGACCACAGGGGAGGGAGACAUUGUCAACAGCCUAAGCUGUGUAGGCACUUGUCCAGCUUCUUGCAGUUCCCAAAGAGUCCAGGAUUGCCAUGGUAACAACACCAAAGCAUGCUGGGAUGAUUCUGGACCAGGAGGGGGAGGGAGUGGUGGCAGUGUUCACAUCAUUGGCAAGGUCGUCAGUCUAGCUCCUAAUUCAGUGUUAGCCAUGGGAGGGGCCGGGGGAUUCGGGACCAGACAAGCCUGUGGGGGGCAGGGAGGGAUGGGACGUAUCAGGGUGGAGGCAGAAAUCCUCAAAGGUGGGGUACCACCCUCAGCUGGAGUUGUCACCACCAUACAGAGGAAGAGACAGUUU